AUGCGUGCAUCAGGCGCCCCAUGUGCCGCCAUCACCCUGUGCCGCCAUCACCCUGUGCCGCCAUCAUCCUGUGCCGCCAUCACCCUGUGCCGCCAUCACCCCAUGCCGCCAUCACCCUGUGACAUGCCGCCCGCCCCUGGGUGCACGCCAUUGCCUACGGGGCCUUUGUUAAUGGCUCCGACAGUGGGGGACAUGCAGGAGAGGGCUGCCCCACCUGCAGACUGGUACAUGGACAUGCGCUUCUGGUGCGACGGGCAGGGCCCCUUCCCCUUGGUUGAGAGCAGCACCACUUGCUCCGAUGGGUGCCUGCACCCGUCGUACGGGCCGGAGCUGACGCGCAUGAAGGAGACUGGUGCUGCCAUCCUCGCCACGCCUUAUUUUCUCAACAAUGGCCAUCCCGGCAUGGCCAUGAUGUUCCCGAUAUUCAGAGGCAACGUGACGGCAACAUCGCCGUGGGAAGAGAGGCAGGCAGCGAUCAUCAUCGGCAUGGCAGCAUCGGAGGACUUUGAUCGUCUUGCCAAAUCCAUCAUUCUUGAAGUGCUCCGACAAGGCGUGGAGCAUUCUUUCGAGGACUAUGAUCAUUCUCUGGAGGUGUAUGACGUCACCCCCACGGAUGGUCCCCGCCUGCUGUAUGGGGUGGGGGGCUUGGACGUGCCUCAAGGCGACCCCUUGCAAGUGGCCAAGAUUAUUCCGCCCUCCAACGAGACCAUGCUGCAGCCACAGCGGCACAAGUCAGUGCAGCAGAUCAACCUUACAAAUACAUCGAGAACGUACCAGCUCUGGUGCCGCUUCCAGGGCUCGGACGAGGCCCACAGCAUGACGGCUGUGUUCCUGGGGGUGAUCAUUGUGGUGGUGGCGGCGCUGCUGGCUGCAAUCGGCGUGAGCGUGACAGUCAACACGCGGAGGCUGCGAGAGAAGACUAUUUCUAUGGCGAUGCUCAAGGAGAAGGCGGAGGUGGCGGAGCGCAACAAGGGUGUGUUCAUCGCCAACACGUCGCAUGAGCUGCGCACCCCGAUCUUUGGCAUGGAAGGAAUGCUGAAGCAUCUGGACGAAGGAGGGCUGGGAGAGGGGCAGAGGGAGGACGUGGGGGCAGCAGUGGAGGAGGCGGAGAAGAUUCUGAGGCUCGUCAACGCCGUGCUGGACGUGUGCAAGGCGGAGGUCGGCCGCUUGCAUCUGGAGAGCCUGCCCUUUGCCCUCCGCCCCUGGCUGAGUGACGUGCUGCACCCAUACGUGCAGGCUGCUCAGGAGCGCAGCCUGGAAUCGUGUGCAUGUGGGUGGGUGCGUUUUCAGUCACAUGGCAUGUGGAAGAGGAUAAGCUUGUCUGUGCAGUGCCUUGGAUGCUACUGGUGUAUGCCGCCCGUGCAGGAGGGAGGGUCGGAGCAGGAGGAGAGCGAAGUGAGGGGGGGGAGCGAGGGGAAGAGGGAGAGGGAGGAGGGGAAGGAGAGGGAGGAGGGGGAGGAGAGGGUAAGCGUGCGGGGCGAGAGGGUGGUGGGAGGCGGAAGCAGAGGCGAGAGGGUGUGCAGUGAGUUGAGCGAAGUCAGGGGUGGUGCUGCAUCAUGGGGUUCUGGAGAUGAGGAGCAGGGUGAGCAUAGGGGGGAGGGGUCAUGUGAUGUUGUGCAUGGAACAAGAGCGCGUGAUGAGGAUGCUGGCAGAGGAGAUUGCACAGUGGUGGAGGAGGGUUCUGAGAAGCGCUGUGUGGUGCUGCUGACGUGUGAGGAGAGCUCUGAGUAUGUGCGUAGAGGCACUAAGGCGUUCAUGCAGACCCGAAAGCACGGAGGCAGCGGUAUGAGCCUGCACUUGUGUCGCCAGCUGGUAUCCCUCAUGGGCGGCAGCAUUGGGUUGAUCAGCACAGAGGGUCACGGCACCACGCUGCACGUCGCUCUGCCCAUGCCUGUUGCUGCUGCCGCUGCCGCUGCCGCUGCCGCUGCCACUGCCACUGCCACUGCCACUGCCACUGCCGCUGCCGCUGCAGCUGACGAUGGUGACUCUUGUCCAGCCAGCGCUAAUGUGUCUGAGCCAGCGGCCACUUGUGCUGCUUCUUCCUCUACUGCUGGCGGCGAAACAAAGGGCGUGGAGACGAAGAGCGCGAGGGAUAGCUUGAAGGAGUUGCUGCAGGGCAAGGCGAUUCUGGUGGUGGACGACAACUUGAUCAACCGGCGGGUGGCGGCGAGCACGCUGGCGCGGUACGGGGCGGAGGUGGCGCUGGCAGAGUCGGGCGAGGCGGCACUGCGCCUGCUGCAGGCGUGCCACUCCUUCCGCCUCGUGCUCAUGGACCUCUACAUGCCUGGCCUUGAUGGCUUCCACACCACCGCCCGCCUGCGCGCCUUCGAGGCCGCCGCUCAGACAGCCGAGGUGGGGAUGCAAGAGGGCCAGGGUGCAGAGGGAGAGCAAGGGAGCGAGGCGGUGCAGGUGGGACAGGGAGCCCAAGGCGUGCAGCGCAUGUCAGCAGUGGGGGAGAGUGGGGCAGAGAGCUGGCGGCAGCAUCGGCGUGUUCAUGUGGUGGGCCAUGUCAGCAGACGUGGACAGCAGUGUUGUCGCCCGUGCCACGGAGGCUGGCAUGGAUGGAUCUGUGCAGAAGCCACUCAAUGA